GACCAGCCAUUAGCCAUGGCGACCCCCACGAGCAGCUUCUUCCUUCUCCCCCUCUUCUUCGUCUUCGUCUUCCUCCUGCCAGGAAACGAUGCGGUCUUCGACGUGGUGAAGUUUGGAGCAAAAGCCGACGGGAGUGCCGACUCCGCUCGGUCUUUCCUCAAGGCUUGGUCCUACGCGUGCAACUCUUGGAGCCCUGCCACCGUGUACGUGCCCGCCGGGAAGUUCCUCGUGACCCAGGCCGUCUUCCGUGGCCCCUGCAAGAACUCCAUGAUCAAGUUUCUGAUCCAAGGAACCCUGGUUGCGCCUUCCGGCUCCGGUGGGUCGGACCAGUGGAUAGCUUUUAGCGGCGUCGAUGGCGUUUCCAUCAGCGGCGGUGGCACCAUCGACGGCGGCGGGAGUCGCCUGUGGGCCUGCAAAUUAGCUGGCCGCAGCUGCCCCAGAGGCACAUCGUCGCUGACCUUCGUCAACUCCAAGAACAUCGCCGUCGACGGCCUGACGUCGAUCGACAGCAAGCUGUUCCACAUCGUGGUCCUCCGCUGCCAGAACGUGAAGCUGAGUCGAGUCAACAUCGUGGCGUCGGGGAACAGCCCCAACACCGACGGCAUCCACGUUCAGAUGUCCACCGGCGUCGACAUCCUCCAGGCCAACAUCCGGACCGGCGACGACUGCAUCUCCGUCGGCCCCGGCACCGCCCACCUCUGGAUCGAGCGCGUCUUCUGCGGCCCCGGCCACGGCAUCAGCAUCGGGAGCCUCGGCAGAGCUCAAGGGCUGCAAGAGGAGAGCGUCAGAAACGUCACCGUGAAGACGGUGACAUUCUCCGGCACACAGAACGGAGUGAGGAUCAAGACAUGGGGGACACGCAUCCAAGGCCAGGUGAGGGGAGUCGUCUUCGAGGACGCGCUGAUGCGCAACGUCCAAAACCCUAUCAUCAUCGACCAGAACUAUUGCCCCGGGAACAAAGGCUGCCCUGGUCAGAGCUCCGGCAUCAAGAUCAGUCAAGUGAAGUACAAGAACAUCAGGGGGACGUCGGCGACGCCGGUGGCUGUGACCUUCGACUGCAGCCCCAGUAAUCCAUGCAGUGGCAUCACAUUGCAAGAUAUUAAGCUCGGCUACUACAGUCAGCGAGCACAGUCCUCCUGCAAGUACGCUAAUGGGGUUGCUUCCGGUCUCAAUGUCCCACCGAGCUACAAGACAUCAACACCUCCUGUUGGACUUUUAGCUGGACUCGCCUGCUCGGUUGUGUACUUUCUUAUGGGGGAAGCCGCGGUGGAGAUGGUGAGGAACAAGCAGGUGGUGCUGAAGGAGUUCGUGGUGGGAGCUCCGAAGGAGACGGACAUGGAGAUCAGGCAGGGGAAGGCGAGCCUCAGAGCCCCCACAGGGGUGGAGGGAGCCAUCGUCGUGAAGAACCUGUACCUCUCCUGCGAUCCCUACAUGAGGGGGAGGAUGAGGGAUUACUCUGACUCCUAUAUCCCUCCGUUUCAGCCCGGCUCGGUGAUAGAGGGCUUUGGGGUGGCUAAAGUUGUUGACUCCACAAACCCAAAUUUUUGUGUUGGCGACUACAUCACAGGACUAACUGGCUGGGAAGAGUACAGUACUAUUGUCAGGACUGAGCAACUGAGAAAAAUUGAGGUCUUUGAUGUCCCUCUUUCAUACCAUGUGGGACUUCUCGGUAUGACUGGUUUUACGGCUUAUGUUGGCUUCUACGAGAUCUGUGCUCCAAAGAAAGGGGAUUUUGUCUUUGUAUCUGCUGCAUCUGGAGCAGUUGGUCAGCUUGUGGGUCAACUUGCCAAGCUGCAUGGAUGUUAUGUUGUUGGUAGUGCUGGAUCAGCACAAAAGGUUGAUCUUCUGAAGAACAAGCUAGGGUUUGAUGAAGCAUUCAAUUACAAAGAGGAACCUGACUUGACUGAAGCCUUGAGAAGCUACUUCCCAAAGGGCAUCGACAUCUACUUCGACAACGUAGGUGGCGCCAUGCUCGACGCAGCACUGCUCAACAUGAGAGUCCAUGGUCGGGUCGCCGUAUGCGGGAUGGUCUCUCAGCACGCCGUCUCUGACCCCAAGGGGAUCUCCAACCUCUACACCCUCGUGAUGAAGCGCAUCAGGAUGGAGGGCUUCAUCCAGAGCGACUACCUGCACCUGUUCCCCAAGUUCUUGCCCACCAUCAUAGAUCUCUACAAGCAGGGGAGGAUUGUUUACAUCGAGGACAUGAACGAAGGUCUUGAGAACGGACCGGCAGCAUUCGUCGGCCUUUUCACCGGCAAUAAUGUGGGCAAGCAGGUCGUGUGUGUCUCAAGGGAGUAGCUUGAUCUGUUCUUUGCACUGAUAAGAGGCAGAGUAUGUCCAAAUUCCUCUUCCACAAUGUUAUGUUUUGAUCUGAGAGUGCAAUCUGCUAGAAAGAUAUUAAAUGCUAUAAGGUUGACAAUGCAUUUGUAAAUCUUGAUAUGAAUUUAAUGGCCAAAUAUAAUUUUAA